UGUAGUUAAGUAAAACAUUUAGAAAGGUGGAUGCAUAGAUUUCUUUUUCUUUUUUAAAACUAGCAUUCUCUUAGAUACAUGUGUUAGCCACUUUUUCUUCUGUUAUAAAAUGGUACUUCUCUGAAAUGUUUGUAGUAUUAAGUGAAAAGACAUUUCUAAAAUCCUUAGUAAUUGUUAUGAACCCUAAUAGUGUAUUUCUUAUCACUGGAACUUUACGCAUGGGUUCUUAGAUAUUAGAACAUACAUACCCUAUGUAUAUUCAAAUGAAAAGGAUACACAACCUGCAUAUAGACAGACUAAGAACUAUGUUACUAAAUCCAGGGUGUUGAUAUUUACCUGUGUGAAAGUCAUAGGCUAUUUGGAGAGAAAAAAAAUGUGUUUUGCUCUGUGUCCUUUAGUCAAACGUUAAUGUGCAGGUGACUCACCUGUGGAUCUUUAAAUGAAGAAUCUAAUUCAGUAAGUCUGGCAAGGGGGUGAGAUUCUGCGUUGCUAAGAAGCUUCCCGGUGCUGCGGGUGCUGCUGGUCCAAGGACUAUAAUUGAAGUAGCAAGCCUGUAGAUAAAUAUCUUAACCUCUAGCCUUUAUAUUUUCAGAUAGAAAUAUCACAUGUAGAGCCCAUAUCUUUGGAUCUCCUGGCUUAGAAGUUGGAAAGACUUACACCAUCAGCUUCCAUGAGCACUAUGAGUCUUACAUGCUGAACAGAAGUUAUUUUCCAGUGAUGAAGAUUAAAACUUGACAAGAUAUUCAGAGGUCACCAUAACUGAAGCAUCUGAAGAUGACUAUGAAUAUGAAGAGAUACCAGAUGAUAAUUUUAGCAUCCCAGAAGGUGAAGAAGAUCUGGCAAAAGCAAUUCAGAUGGCCCAAGAACAGGCUACAGAUACUGAAAUUUUGGUAUGAGUUAAUACAGAAAGGAGUGACUGAACUUAGAACUGUUGGGAAUGUUCCAGAUGUCUACACCCAGAUUAUGCUUUUGGAAAAUGAGAACAAAAAUUUAAAGAAAGAUUUGAAGCACUACAAACAAGCAGCUGACAAAGCUAGAGAAGAUCUGCUGAAAAUUCAGAAAGAGCGUGAUUUUCAUCGAAUGCAUCACAAGCGAAUAGUCCAGGAAAAAAACAAAUUAAUCAAUGACCUCAAAGGGUUGAAGUUACAUUAUGCGUCUUAUGAACCAACUAUAAGGGUGUUACAUGAGAAACACCACACUUUACUGAAGGAGAAAAUGCUGACCUCCUUGGAAAGAGACAAAGUAGUUGGGCAGAUUUCUGGACUUCAAGAAAUAUUGAAGAAUGUGGAAAUUGGACAUAGUUACCAUGCUCCUGAAAUGAAAGUUGGUCGUAGUCGCGAAAAAGAAAAUACACCAGAAGGUCCUACUCAGAAAGGUCUUCGUGAAGCCAGAGAACAAAACAAAUGUAAAACAAAGAUGAAAGGCAAUACAAAGGAUUCAGAAUUUCCUAUAGAUAUGCAACCAAAUGCAAACCUGAAUGUUUGUAAAGAAAAUCUUUCUCCAGCAAAAUUUGACUACAAGCUGAAAAAUAUUUUUAGACUCCAUGAACUUCCAGUGAGCUGUGUCUCCAUGCACCCCCACAAAGACAUCCUAGUCUCCUGUGGCGAGGACCGACUCUGGAAGGUGUUGGGCCUUCCAAAAGGCAACGUGCUUCUCACGGGAUUUGGCCACACUGAUUGGCUUUCAGACUGCUGCUUCCAUCCAAGUGGCAACACAUUGGCUACUUCAAGUGGUGACACUACAGUUAAAUUAUGGGAUCUAUGUAAAGGCGAUUGCAUUUUGACCUUUGAAGGACACAGUCACGCAGUAUGGUCCUGCACGUGGCACUCCUGCGGCAAUUUUGUGGCUUCCUCCUCACUGGAUAAAACUAGCAAAAUCUGGGAUGUUAAUAGUGAAAGAUGCAGAUGUACGCUGUAUGGACAUACAGAUUCUGUGAACAGCAUUGAGUUUUUUCCCUUCUCCAAUACUCUUCUCACAAGUUCCGCAGACAAGACCCUGUCUAUAUGGGAUGCAAGAACAGGUAUAUGUGAACAGUCACUUUAUGGUCACAUGCAUUCUAUCAAUGAUGCCAUUUUUGAUCCCAGGGGUCACAUGAUAGCAUCCUGUGAUGCCCGUGGGGUUACAAAGCUAUGGGACUUUCGGAAGCUGUUACCAAUUGUGUCCAUCGAUAUAGGUCCAAGUCCUGGCAAUGAAGUGAAUUUUGAUUCAUCAGGUCGAGUUUUAGCUCAGGCAAGUGGCAAUGGUGUUAUCCAUUUGCUAGAUCUUAAAUCUGGGGAGAUUCACAAAUUGAUGGGCCACGAAAGCGAGGUACACACGGUUGUGUUUUCUCACGACGGGGAGAUUCUGUUUUCUGGAGGCUCUGACGGCACAGUUCGAACGUGGUCUUGACUGUCAGCACAUCCCGCUGCAGAGGGCAUUCCCUUUAAGGCUUGAAAAUGCUUCCUGUAGUCCCAAACCAGCAAAUAACUGGUUAAAUGUGCCAGCAGGUAACAUUUACAGUCUGCUUUAAAACAUGCUUUGCACAUAUAUUUUAGUGCGCAUACUGUUACUAAUAAAAAAAACUUUAUGCUCACCCA